UUCUUUCUUUCUUUCAUUCAUUUGUAUUCAGUGGCAAUCAGUGAUGAUGAAGUUUUGAUUUGUAUAUCUGAUUUAACCAUUUGGAUGAUACUGUAACAUUAAGCCUUGUCAUGAUUAUCCAUUGCGCUUUCUCACGCUUGCUUGCUCGUCAUUCGUUUGAUAAAACUUGUCGCCAGUUUCAUAGUGUUACUUUGCUAUUAUACAUGGAAGCCGUGAUAUAUUCUGCUACAGAUUUCAUCUUAUGCAAUUGAGUAAUAUGCCUGCGAAUCCACUGCAGGUCCUGUUUCAAAACUUUGAGCAAGUCUCAAAUUUUGUUCAACAUCAUCUCUCUAAUUUCGUAGGUCCUCAUCUUCAGUCAUCAGGGCUCCCUGGUAGUGGCUUUCCCUUGUCUGUCUCUUCCUCCACUAAAGCUCCACUAGCAAAAACUACAUCAUCUUUACAACUUGGUGAUACUGCUGUCAAGGUAAAGUCUACAACCCAAGUGCCUAAAGAAGAGCUUGGAAGGGCUACUUGGACUUUACUUCACACUCUAGCAGCUCAGUAUCCAGAUAAACCUACAAGACAGCAAAAGAAGGAUGUAAAAGAAUUGGUACAAAUCUUAUCUCGAAUGUAUCCAUGCAGGGAAUGUGCAGAUCAUUUUAAAGAAAUUCUUAGAGCAAAUCCUGUACAGACUGGGUCACAUGCUGAAUUUUCUCAGUGGUUGUGUCAUGUUCACAAUGUUGUUAAUAGAAGCCUUGGCAAACCAGUAUUCCCCUGUGAACGAGUUGAUGCAAGGUGGGGCAAACUAGAAUGCGAACAGAAAGCCUGUGAAAUUAUUGGAAGUACAUCCUUUUUUGGGAAGAUAUUAUAGGAAUCUAUUUAAAAAUGAUAACUUUUAUACGAAGAGUAAACUGAAUCUCUAUAUAGUUGAAAGAAAAGCAUGGAUUAAGAGAAAAGUAAAUGAGCAGACCAGGAAGAUAAACACGUAGAAGAUAAGCUUCUGGGAGUUCUUU